AUGUCCAACAUCAUCAACAAAAUCAAGGAGGCUUUCACUCAUGACAAGCACGAGAAGCCUUCUCACUCUACCAACGCUGGCCCUCACGACUCCAACAUGGCCAACAAGGUCGACCCUCGUGUUGACAGCGACCGUGAUGGACGUGCUGCCUAUGGAAAUACUGGCACUACUGGCACCUCCGGAAACACAUACACACAGAAUGAGUACAGUGCUGGCUCUACAAACGCCGGUCCUCACAACUCCAACGUUGCAAACAAGGUCGACCCCCGUGUCGACAGCAAUCUUGGUGGCCGUGCUAUGCAUGGAAACACCGGCUACUCUGCUACUAGCAUGAAUACCGAAAGCAACACUAUUGGAAACACAUAUGGCACCACUGGCUCUACCAAUGCUGGCCCUCACAACUCUAACGUUGCCAACAAUAUUGACCCCCGUGUCGGCAGCGAUCUUGAUGGCCGCGCUGCCCACCGCAACACUGGUUAUAACACCACUGGAGCUACUGCCGGAGGCGCUGCUGGAGGAUACAACACUGGAUACGCCAACAAUGGCCCCUACAACUCCAAGAUGAUGAACAAGAUGGACCCUCGCGUUGACAGCGACCGUGAUGGACGAAAUGCCUUUGGCCCAUCUGGCACGGCCAACACCACUACUAAGUCCUUCGAACAGUCCCAGAAUGAAUCCACUGCCACCUCAACUACUGCUUACGGUACUGGGUCGACCAACAACGGACCUCACAAUUCCAACCUGAUGAACAAGUUGGACCCUCGCGUUGACAGUGACCGCGACCACAGAGCUACCCACGGCGGAAUGACUGGCCACUAUACCGGUACCACGGGCACCACCAUGGGUGUUGGCGCUGGCACUGUGGGCACUGGCCACCACGGUCACGGCAUGGGAGCUAGUACUACCACUUCUACCGCAGGCCCUCAUGAGUCUAACUUGGCCAACAAGGUGGACCCUCGCGUGGACAGCGAUCGUUCAAACUAUGGCACCACAACUGGUCAGUACGAAAGCACAACCGACGCUGGCAUGACCGGCCACCGCUACAACACCCGCAGCACCAACGCUGGACCUCAUGACAGCAACAUGGCCAACAAGAUGGACCCUCGCGUCGACUCUGACAUGGACAAUCGUGCUCGCUACCAGAACAUGGGAGCUACUACUGGUGCCCCUGCAGGUAGCAGCUAUGCUACCACAGGAGUUGGUCAAACUCACGGCAGAGUUGGCCCUCACGACUCCAACCUUAUGAACAAGCUUGAUCCUCGCGUCGACUCCGACUUGGAUGGCAGCCGCACCAUUGGAACCACCCAGCGCCAGUACUAA